CCACGCCUGCCCUUUGCUUCUUCUAUUGCCUUCUUAUAAUAUUUGUUUUCCCCUUCUUAUUGAGUCCUCAUCUCUCUCUCCUUUUCCAUCUUCUUUAACGCUUCUUUUCCAGAACUUGCUCCCUCUAUCAUCUUCUCACCGCUUCCUAAAUCUCUCUAGCGGUCUUCCUUCCCCCCUUUGUUUCCGGGCUGUUCCUUAAUCUCUAUCUCUUUCUCUUUCUUCUGCCAUCGCCAAACCUUAUCUGGGUUUUGCUUCUUAUUUGAUAAUUUAUAUGGGCUGAACUAGGAAUUUCAUGGGAGUUGUGGAGGAUACUGAACCUCCUUUGAAACGUGCUAAGCGGCUUACUGACGAACCGAACGGCUUCUCCGCAAACUCGUCUGUUAGAGGUAGUAGUGUCAACAACAACUCUUUGGGAGACCUGAUGGCAAGGCCUCUGACCUCCCAAGGGGAUGACGAAACUAUUGGCUCCAAAGGGGUCAUUAAAAAAUCUGAAUUCAUUAGGAUUAUCACUAGGGCUCUUUAUUCGCUUGGAUAUGAUAAAACUGGGGCUAUGUUGGAGGAAGAAUCCGGAAUCUCUCUGCAUAAUUCCACCAUUAAGCUGUUUCUGCAGCAGGUUACGGACGGAAAAUGGGAUCAAAGUGUUAAAACACUGCACAGAAUCGGUCUGCCUGAUGAAAAGGCUGUCAAAUCUGCGUCUUUCUUGCUCCUAGAGCAAAAGUUCUUGGAGCUUCUCAAAGUUGAAAACAUAGCUGAUGCGCUAGGCACCUUGAGGAAUGAGAUGGCACCUCUUCGUAUUAAUACAAAGCGUGUUCAUGAGCUCGCUUCCUCCCUUAUAUCACCUUCAAGCUUUAUAUCACAUACCACUUCGACUCCAGGUAAAGAAAGUGUGAAUUCAAGGUCUAAGGUUUUGGAGGAACUGCAAAACUUGCUUCCUGCUUCUGUUAUAAUCCCUGAAAAGAGGUUGGAGUAUUUAGUUGAGAAUUCACUUCAUAUUCAGCGGGAUUCUUGUGUUUUCCAUAAUACUUUGGAUAGUGAUUUGUCUUUGUAUUCUGAUCAUCAAUGCGGGAAGCACCAAAUUCCUUCUCAGACUCUUCAGAUCUUGGAGUCACAUACCGAUGAAGUAUGGUUCUUGCAAUUCUCACACAAUGGCAAAUAUUUGGCUUCAUCUUCCAAGGAUCAAACCGCAAUUAUAUGGGAGAUCAGCGUAGAUGGGCACAUUUCACUGAAGCAUACACUUGUGGGCCACCAGAAACCCGUGAUUGCCAUCUUAUGGAGUCCUGAUGAUCGUCAAGUUCUUACAUGUGGAGCAGAAGAGGUUAUCAGACGCUGGGAUGUUGAUUCAGGAGACUGUGUUCACAUGUAUGAAAAAGGCGGUAUCAGUCCCAUUUCUUGCGGAUGGUAUCCUGAUGGGCAGGGAAUAAUCGCGGGGAUGACAGACCGAAGCAUCUGCAUGUGGGAUUUAGAUGGUAGAGAGUUGGAAUGCUGGAAAGGUCAGAGGACUCAAAAGGUAUCAGAUAUAGCGAUGACAGAUGAUGGAAAGUGGCUCGUAAGUGUAUGCAAGGAUUCCGUGAUAUCUCUUUUUGAUAGAGAAGCUACAGUUGAAAGAUUAAUAGAAGAGGAAGAAAUGAUUACCUCGUUCUCGCUUUCGAAUGACAACAAAUAUAUUCUGGUAAACCUCCUCAACCAGGAAAUCCGUCUCUGGAAUAUUGAAGGUGACCCCAAGAUUGUGUCGAGAUACAAAGGCCACAAGCGUUCACGAUUCAUCAUCAGAUCAUGCUUUGGUGGGUAUAAACAAGCUUUCGUCGCCAGCGGAAGCGAGGAUUCCCAGGUAUACAUAUGGCACAGAUCUACAGGGAAGUUAAUCGUUGAGCUACCAGGCCAUGCAGGAGCAGUCAACUGCGUGAGCUGGAGCCCGACGAACCUACACAUGUUGGCUUCAGCAAGCGAUGACGGAACCAUAAGGAUAUGGGGACUUGACCGGAUUAACCAACAGAACCAGAAGAAGCAUGUGCAAGGAAGUAGCAGUAACGGUGUGAUUCACCGAUGCAAUGGGAAUUGAUUAUGAUAGAAAAAAAAGAAAAGGAAUGACCUUCC